AGGAUAAAAAUAGACUUGCAACACAUUCUUAACACAACGCGAUCGCGAUGCAGAGAUGACAUCUAGAGUGCUGCGAUGUUCCUUGUUAACAGUGGUGUCAUUUCUAAUUUCUUUUACAGAAGGUUCUCAUUUAUCACUUAUAUAUAUAUAACUGAAACCAAUAGAACUGUGAUGAUACUUUCGUUGUAGUAUUUCUAUUGGUCGAUCGAAUCGGUCAUAUUUUGAAAUGUCAGUUAACAGCCAUACUCGCGCUAGCCAAAAAAGAUCCUUUGCGACCAAAUCGUACGAAAGACAUCUCCGUGCUUCAUCGGCGUCCUCAGAGACUUCGUUAGAUUUGGAGGACAGUGUCGGAUCCUUGAAUGGGCUGACUAUCACAGGUAGUCACGAGAAACAGAUCUUAAAAGAUGUUGAGAUUGCACAGGCACAUAAUGACCGCGUAGCUGUGCUUAUCCAGAGAGUCAGACAGACAUGUCUGUCAAAAGGUAGCCAUGGCAUUCAGGACCUGGGCAUCAUGUUCCGACAUUUGGAUAUUGAUUACAAUAAGAGAAUCACUUUCCAGGAGUUGAAAGACAAAUUAAAGGAUUAUGGAAUGAGCUGUUCUGACAUUGAUCUAAACAUUUUGUUUUGCCAUCUUGACAAAGACGGCAGCGGCGGCAUUGACUUCGUAGAACUGAUGGAGGCCCUGAGGCCACCUAUGAAGCAGUGCAGAAUUGAUGUCAUCAACGAAGCUUUUGAUAUAGUGGACAGUGGCGAAAACGGGACAAUAGAUAUGGAUGAGAUCCGAGUCGUGUACGCUGCCAAUGCCAGAAGACAUCCCAAAUUUAUUUCCGGUGAGUGGACAGAGGAACAGACCUUGCGUCACUUUUUGGAUAGCUUGGAUACUCCUGGGAGCCCUGAUGGUAAAGUAACACGCCAGGAGUUUAUGAACUAUUACGCUGGAGUUAGUGUUACUGUAGAUGACGACUGCUACUUCGACAUGAUGAUGAGGUCAGUCUACGGUCUACCAGCUGUUUCCAGUAGAACCAAAAAUGCUGCAAAAACAGCCAAAUGAAGCUGGAUAUGAUAGUGAAGUGUUGCGUAAUUGUUCCUUUAAAAAACUUAAUACAUUGAAAUAAAUGUAUUCAACAUCA